CUUUCAUAUUUAUUUAUUAUUUCAUAUUUUUCAUUGUAGUUGUUCAUUUUCUUAGAUAACUAUGCCUAACGCGGAAGAUAAAUCUCGUUUGAAGGAUUUAUUAACAAGGCGAUCGUCCGCCAAAGGACAGAUCACAAAAUUUAAGAAUUAUAUAAAUAGUAUUUCUAAUAGCGAAGAUUUAACUAACAUUCAAUUAACAGAGUUAAGUCUAAAACUUGCAAAAUUCGAAGCGUUAUCAGUUAAGGUUGAUGACUUGCAAAAUGACAUAGAGGUUUUAAAUUCAGAUAAUAUAGAAAAUGAAAUUGAUGAACGUGACAAAAUUGAUCGCGACAUCAUUAUUAAUAUUGCCACUGCCAAAACUAUUUUAGAGAAAUUUACAAGAAAAUUAGAGUCAGAAAAUAGGCGUGCAUCAAUGUAUGAAUCUUUUUGCAUGGAUAAUCAGGACAAUUAUAAUUUAAAACUACCUCAGAUACAAAUAUCAAAAUUUGAUGGCGCAUAUUUCCGUUGGCUUGAGUUUCGCGACACAUUUGAAAACUUAAUUCACAACAAUUUGCGUAUUUUGCCUAUUCACAAGUUCCAUUACUUAAUUUCAUAUCUGGAGGGUGAUGCCGCCAGAGUAAUUUCCAAUCUCGAGGUGUCAUCAGCGAACUAUGAUGAGGCCUGGAAAUUGUUAUGUAAUAGGUAUAAUAACAAGCGCACUUUAAUAAAUCACCAUUUGAAUGCAUUAUUCAGCAUUAAGCCACUUCCGCGCGAGUCGGAGAGAUCUCUCAGAUUUUUAGUCGACCACGUUACUAAAAACUUGCGUGCCCUUGCCACUUUGGGACAGCCAACUGACAAGUGGGAUGUCUUAAUUAUAUUUAUGCUCUCCUCCAAGUUAGAUAGUAAUACUUUAGGCAAAUGGGAAGAGCACCGUAGUGGUUUAAGUGGUGAUACCGCAACUUUAGAACAAUUUUUUAACUUCAUUAUUGACCGUGCGAAUGUAUUAGAGUCACUUAAUCGAAAUAACAGGGCACAAGACACGCAAAGUGCUGUUGUCAAAGCCCCAGUGGUCAAUGUGCGUAAUAAUUCAUGGCAAAAUAAUAAACAGGGCAAUAAUAAUAAUAAUUCAUACAUAAAAUCAUUUGCGAGUUCUAAUAAUAAGCCUCAAAGACAAUUUAAUAAAUCUAGCACUUAUACAUGUGUAAUUUGCAAUAAUAACCACAAAAUUUAUGAAUGCCCUACGUUCAAGGCCAAGGAUGUUGAUGAAAGGAUGAAGGAUGUUCUGAAACAUAGGCUGUGUGAAAACUGUCUCAGGCAAGGUCACCCGGUCAACGAGUGCCGAAUGGGUUCAUGCCGCGAGUGUAACGCUAGGCACAAUAGUUUGCUUCACAAUUCAGCUUCCUUAGUCAAUCAUCAUGUGAACGUAGACGAGCCUAAUUCAGAUACGUAUGAGCCCAGCGAAUCGGGUGCAUACUUUUCUAAAGAAAGUACCAAGCAAGUACUAUUAUCUACCGCUGUAGUUGAGGUCUCGAAUCCAAUUGACCAGCAAAAGGUUAAUGUUCGUGUACUAUUAGACUGUGGUAGCCAAUCAUCUUUUAUUUCCAAGUCACUAAAAGAUAAACUUUCACUAAAAUCAAUUCCCAUUGACUCGCUAAAGGUCAAAGGAAUAGGCAAUAAUUCUAACAAUUCUAUAAACAUUUCUGAAAGUUGCAAUAUACAAAUGAAAUCACUAAAUAGCAAUUUCAAUGUCUCUUUUUCAUGUCUUGUUCUACAAGAAUUGACAGGGCGUAUACCAAAGUACCCCGUCAAUAUUCAGUCAAUUAAAUUACCAAAAAAUAUAUUGCUAGCUGAUCCUAAAUUCUAUGAGCCAGCUCCUAUAGAUCUAUUGAUAGGGGCUGAUUUAUUCUGGGACAUCAUAAGGAGCGAACAACGAUCUCUUGGUCCCCAAAAUCCAAAAUUAAUAAGUUCUCAUUUGGGCUGGAUAAUUACCGGUUCCUUUAAUACACAAUUGGUCAGCAAAAACAUUCAUUGUAAUCAUGCAUUAACUACAACUUCAUUCACUAUGGAAAACAAAAUAGAAAAUACAUAUAAACGAGCUACAAAACAUUUACAUUAUUUAAAAAAAGGGUUUAGAAACAAUCCAUAAAUUCUAAGGCCGUAACUAUGGUCACCCUACUACGCACUAUAAUCUAAUUAAUUCAAGUCUGUGGUGGCACGGCCCUAAUUACCUAAAAGAGUGUGAAUUAAACUGGCCUAGCUUGAAAUCAAACGAGAUAGGUACGUUACCUGAAACUAAAGUACACACAACAAUAAUUAAAGAACCUUUUAUUAAUUUUGAUAAAUAUUCAUCACUAAAUAGACUGCAACGAUCUUUUGCCUACGUGUUAAGGUUCAUAUUUAACCUUAAGAAUAUUAAAAAUAAACGUACCGGACUACUGUCCGUCGAGGAACUUCGUGACUCAUUCCAUGCAUUGUGCGUUAUCGCGCAGCGUGAGUCAUUCCCUGUUGAAUACGAGUUGUUAUUAAAAUGUAAAUCGCUUCCCAAUAAGAGUAAAAUUUUGUCACUUUCGCCAUUUUUUGAUAAUGAUAAUUUAAUUAGAGUUGGCGGGCGCAUAGAUGCAUCUGCCUGUGCCUACGAAAAACGGCAUCCAAUAUUAUUACACGCAAAUCAUAAAUUAACUAAAUUGUAUUUUGAAAGAGAGCACGUAAGUGGUUUACACGCGGGCCCGCAGUUGUUGUUAGCAAAUAUAAGAGAAACAGUCUGGCCAGUCAAUGGACGUUAUCUAGCACGACGCACCGUAAAUAACUGCGUCAUCUGCAGGCGUCUGCGUGGCAAAACAUUAUGUCCGAAGAUGGGCAACUUACCUAGCCAGCGCAUAAAUCCAGACUAUCCAUUUUUGUCGGUUGGCUUAGACUUUGCUGGACCGUUUUUGAUUCUCAAUCGCCGGGGCCGCGGAAGUCGCUUAAUCAAAUGUUAUUUAUGUCUUUUUGUAUGCAUGCGGUACAAAUGUAUUCAUCUCGAGGCCGUGAGCGAUUUGACAAAGGAUGCGUUUGUUAUGACCCUUCGACGUUUUAUUUCCCGCAGAGGCAAGCCAACGGAAAUAUUUUGCGAUAACGGUCGCAACUUUGUGGCGGCGGCUAAGGAUAUAGGAACUUUUCUAAAACAAAACCAAGAACCUAUAGGUGAUUUUGCAAGUCAACAAGGCAUCACAUUUAAAUUCAUACCUACUUACGCUCCUCAUUUCGGUGGUAUUUGGGAAGCUGG